ACAACAAUUUUAGUAAAUACUAGUCAAGAAAGAAGAACACAUCUUUGCUGCAACUGAUUUUCACAAGUCAUGAGUGGAUGUCCGUACUUUGAGAAGAGGCAUUUGUUAUUCAAAAACAAGCCUCCCAAAACAGAGGAAGAGGGGGAUGCCUCCCAGGCCGGGGUGAACAAGGCCAGUAAAGGGGGAAUCAUCUACGGAGACUACCUGCAGCUCGACAAAAUAACCUCAGCUCAGGUGCUGCAGAGUGAAUUAAAGGGUAACAAGAUCCACGAUGAGCACCUCUUCAUUGUCACCCAUCAAGCCUAUGAACUGUGGUUCAAACAGAUUUUGUUUGAACUUGAUUCAGUGCGAAACAUCUUCAUCAGUGGACACGUCCGAGAUGAACGCAAUAUGCUUAAAGUCAACAACCGCAUCCACAGGAUUGUGAGGAUCUUCAGACUGCUGGUGGACCAGUUCACGGUUUUGGAGACGAUGACGGCCUUGGACUUCUUUGACUUUAGAGAUUACUUGGCACCAGCCUCCGGAUUCCAAAGCCUCCAAUUCCGGAUUUUGGAGAACAAAAUUGGGGUCCCUGACAACCUGAGGGUUCCAUACAACCGACGCCAUUACAGAGACAAUUUCAAGGGUCAGGAAAGCGAGCAGCUGCUCGCCACUGAACGGGAGCCGACACUCCUAAAACUAGUCGAGGAGUGGCUGGAGAGAACUCCUGGCUUGGAGGUGGAUGGAUUCAAUUUCUGGGAAAGGCUGGAAAGCAAUAUAUUUAAGGGGCUGAAACUGGAGAAGGAGAAAAUCGAGAAAAUGGAAGAUUCUGAGGACAAGGAGGAAAUGAUGGCUGAGCUGAUCAAACAGAAAGAGGUGUUCACUUCUCUGUUUGAUGAAAAGCGCCAUGACCAUCUCUACAGCAAAGGUGAGAGGCGGCUCUCUUACAAGGCUCUCCAAGGCGCCCUGAUGAUCUUCUUCUACAGGGAAGAGCCGAGAUUCCAGGUUCCUUUCCAGCUGCUCACAUCCCUCAUGGAUAUUGACACCCUCAUGACAAAAUGGCGAUACAAUCACGUAUGCAUGGUGCAUCGUAUGAUUGGCAGCAAAGCCGGCACAGGAGGCUCCUCUGGCUACCACUACCUGAGAUCUACUGUCAGUGACCGCUACAAAGUGUUUGUGGAUCUGUUCAAUCUGGCAACGUUCCUGGUGCCUCGCCACUGGGUCCCCAAGCUAAAUCCCACCAUUCACAAGUUCCUCUACAUGGCCGAAUGUAACGACAGCUCCUACUUCAGCAGUGAAGACUCGGACUAGCGGGUGUCUCAGUCGUCUCUACUGCCUUCCCGUCUUUCAUUGUAACUGACCCCCUAAAAAAGUAGAUCCUUUGCACAGUUGAAAAGUUUCAGUGACAGGUGCGUAGAUGGAUAGGUGGCCAUAAAAACAAGCAACAAGAAACGCAUGCUCAACAGUUCAAAGUUGCAUAGGAUCCAAGAAACUUUUUAAACCAGAUGGCAUUUUUGGAGCAUCUUGCAUCUUAAUUUGGUGGGGAGGGGGUUCCAGUUGAAAAAAAAAAAAGCUGUUGGAGUGAAAUAUGGCACAGGGUGGGGUCAUUUGUCAUGGUUGACGGAACACCCCAAAAUCCAUUAUGGAGAGACAUUUGACACCAUGUAGAAUGUCUAGAUCUAGACCUCUAGUAUUGGAAUUGUGACAUGUAAAUACAGAAAACUAACAAAAUGUGUUGACAUUAAUGUAGAGCAAGUUAA